CUUAUCCGAUCCAGGUUUCACCCAAGUUGAGAUCUGAGGCCAAUGUGGAAAUCCAUUGGUCAAUGUCGAAUGCAGUACAGUGAAAAGGCAUAUGGAUUUAGUAUUUUUAACUUGGUUCACAUUACCAAGAAUCGAAUGUAUGCUUGCUCAAUGUUGAAAAACCAAUCCUUUCACGUAAGAGACAAAAAGUUUGGAAUCUUAGCUUCUUCUUUAUUUGUUGUUGAAUAUAAAUGGAGUUGAAAGCUGAUUGUUGUGACGUAAAUCUCUUCAAUUCUGCAAAUAAUUUUGUUGCGAUGGGCAGUUUCUUUGGUCACAAGGAUGGGAUUUCAAGAUCUGUAUCAGAAACGCCACCAACUCAUUAUGCAGUCACGAUACAGUCAUUUUCAUUACUUUCCAAGAACGCAGAGAAAUAUGAAUCUGCAGCAUUUGAAGCUGGAGGCUACAAAUGGAAACUUAUUCUCCACCCAAAUGGAAAUAAAAGCAAGAAAGUGGAAGACCACAUAUCUGUCUACCUAGCCAUGGCAGAUGCAAGUUCACUCCCAACUGGUUGGGAGGUCCACGCAGUUUUUCGAUUGUUUUUGCUUGAUCAGAACCAAGACAACUACUUGAUAGCUCAAGAUUCCCAAGGAAAGCAGAGACGAUUCCAUAGAUUGAAACCUGAAUUAGGUUUCGAUCAUUUCAUCCCAAUUCAAGUACUUAGUGAUGCUUCUAAUGGAUACCUGGUGGAUGACACGUGUGUACUUGGAGCGGAAGUCUUUGUUAGUAAAGAAAGAAGCACAGGCAAAGGAGAAUGUCUAGAAAUGAUCAAAGAUCCUCGCAGUUUCAAGCAUGUUUGGAAGGUUGAAAACUUUUCUAAGUUAGACACUGAAUAUUAUGACUCCAAAGAAUUCACUGUAGCUGGUUACAAAUGGAAGAUGAAGCUCUAUCCGAAAGAAAGAGACUCCAGAACUGGAAGUCAUCUUUCUCUGUACCUGGUUUUGGCAGAUCUAAAAUCUCUUACUCCUGCUUCUAAAAUAUAUGUAGACUAUGCUCUGCGCAUUCAAGAUCAAGUGCAGACCAGAGACAUAUCUGCUAAAAAGUCUCACUGGUUCAGUGCCUCAAGCAGGGAAAGUGGUUGGGAAAAAUUUAUUUCCUCAAGUUUCUUUCUUCAGGCUUCUAAUGGUUGUCUAGUGAAGGAUGUUUGCUUCUUUGAAGCAGAGGUGACCAUCUGGGGUAUAGCUAGUGCUCUGUAAUAAGUUGUCUAAGUUCUCGAAUUUCUUAAAUGAAUUCUGGGAAAAAAGUAUAAUAAAUGUGGCACUAUUUUAUUUCUGAAAGAUUGUAAAUUUACAGAAGUUACCGGUAAUUAAAAGCUGUCUUUUACUUUUGAGAAGCCA